ACAGUGACUGGUGACUGGGAAUAAGGAGUUUUCCCCUGCUUUAAUUUCAUUGUAAAGGCGCAGAGAUACAGGCAGCGUGAGCAAGAAGGCAAGGCUGACGUGAGGAAGGAACUGGUGAAUAUAAAAGGCAGGAGUAAGAAUACACGUGUAGCAGAAAGUCGAGGCAGAGAUAGGUGAGAGGGCGGCCUGGAUGUCAGUCAUUACAAGAAGUCUUAAGGUAUUUGCUUCAGUCCCCUUGAUACACCGCCAGCUUGCAUUUUUUUAUGAUUGUAGACACUUGCUGCUCAUCUGCAGGAAACAAAAAUAGCCAGAAGAGGAAUUGAGAAGGCUGUGCCGUGUGUGCUCAGCCAUUUUAGAAAGAUGAACCAGAGUGCCUGUAAUAACACCACGUCUGUGGCGGCUCCACCCCGGCGCGGAGCCCUGAUUGUGAUUGAGGGAUGCGACCGCACCGGCAAGACAACACAGGCCAAGAAACUGGUUGAAUAUCUGAAUGGCAGUGACCGCAAGGCAAUGUUCAUGAGAUUCCCAGAUCGCACAACCCAGAUUGGUAGUCUCAUUGAUGGUUACUUGAGCCGAGGCGUCAAUUUAGAGGAUCACGUCAUUCACCUUUUGUUCUCCGCAAACAGGUGGGAAAAUCACCCCAGGAUAGUAUCAGCUCUGAAAUCUGGCACAUCAGUGAUUAUUGACCGUUAUGCUUUCUCUGGGGUGGCCUUCUCUGCUGCCAAAGAUGGCCUUGGGCUGGAGUGGUGCAAAGGCAGUGAUGCAGGUUUGCCCAAGCCUGACACUGUGCUAUUCCUGGAUCUCCCGCUUGAACAAGCCGCCCUACGAGGAGAGUACGGCGGUGAGCGCUAUGAGAACCUGAAGUUUCAACAGAAGGUUUACAGGAACUACAUGGCACUGAAGGAUGACACCUGGGUGAUGAUUGAUGCAAGCAGAAGUAUAGAAGAGGUGCAGAGAAGCAUGGAGGCAGCAUUAGAGAAAGUAAUGAAAGAGUCCAAGUUUGGGCCACUUCCUGGCCUCUGGUGGUCAUAACCUAGUCAACAGCAGUCACAUUCUCCUGUGAAUCACAUCAUUCUUUGAUAUAAUAUAUCAAUGUGCAAUGGAGUCUUACUGAUGAUAAAAACUAUGUUAAUUUUACUCUGCUAUUACAACCAAUAACUUUAUUAUCCAUAAUAAUGUUUAUGAUCCAAACGUUACAGAUAAUGCCAAAAACAAUGAAUAAACUAUUGCUAUAAAAUAUGAUAUUGUGGAAUGAUAUCUUGUUACAAUCGUAUGGUAAAUCUAUAUAACUAUAUACAAGGCUGGCAAUCCCACAUGGGAUGAUCUAGACAAAGCAACACACACACACACACACACACACACACACACACACACACACACACACACACACACACACACACACACACACACACACACACACACAUAGCCCUGCCAGCUCCUGAUGGAAAGGCACAGUCUCAUGGACCACCUUACUAUACCCCAGGAGCUUACAGUGCAGCUGACCACAUGCGUCCAUAGCCAGGCCUGACAGCAAACACUGGUAGUAUCACAUGUAUAUGAUACUACUAGUAUAAUUAUAUUAUUACUAUUAUUAUUAUUAUUGUUAUUACUAUUUUUUAUUAUUAUUAUCACCAUCAUGUCAAACUUGUAAUGUGUUCACUACUCUAUUUAAUGGUUUCAUGGUGACAUCUGGAGCCAAGACCUGGCCACUUGAAUGCCUGAGUCAUUGUCUGUCCACCACUGGUGUGCUCUGUGAUACUGCUUCAUGCCUUAGUCCUUUUCCCCAAGAUAUUUUAUAUAAUUUUCACCAGUAAAGGUUAGAAUGAUGGUGGAUUAGAAAUAUACCAAAUAAAAAUUAGACACUAUAAAUGAACAAAAUCUAAAUAUACAAAUAUGAAAUAGUUUAAGAAUUUUAGAUAUUAUAGUUGUGUUAUUACUUUUAUAAUAUCAAGAUACUGCUAAAAUAAAAAAUCCCAAGGAA